GAGAUUGCUGAUGUCAUGGUCCGAGGGUCGCCGACCGCGAGCGCCAGUCCGCCGGCAUACGAGGAGGCGGAUCGUAAACCCCCGGAAUACAAACAUGAGGCGCGGAAGAGACCACGUCAGAGCAGCUGGAGUUCCAAAAAGAACGCUAGCAUUGACGCGAGCAGCGCCGAGGGGGAGACCCUGGCAGGGAUACAAAGACAGACACAAAUGCUACAGCAGCUCCUCAAUGAAGCCAGAAACACCACCUCUCGUCUCCAAGCUCUGAAUACGGAAGCCGGCGUGAAGGAGGGGCAGCUGCGCGAGAAGCUGUCUGACGCAGACGCAAAGCUGAAUCAGCUGGCUGAUGCGACAGCCGACUACGAGUACGAGGCGUCGGAGGGGCUGGGUGCAUACAUCGAUAACCGGAUGGAUGAAAUGCGCAGCGAGCUGCUGGAGCACUUAGACGAGAGGUUCGAGCAGCUCGAGGCAGACACGAUCAUGCGAGCCGAGAUGGAGGAGUACUUUGACGAGCAGAUUCAUGCGGCCAAAUCAGAUCUGCGCGAGGCUCUGGCGGGGGGUGGAGUGAGGAUUCUGCUUCCAGAUGAGUGAUCGUAUCGUGUGUAUGUGUGUGUAUAUAUCAAUCCAUGAUCUGCAUGUCAUCGUUCAGGUAGAUCGAAGUAUGAAAUAUGGAUCAGUAAAGUGUUCAACAG